UGUGUUUUUCCGGACGCCGCCGACGGAAUCAAAUCGAAGACGCGCACACUUCCGUAGAGCACAGCAGCAGUCUUCACUUCUCUGAGAUGCAGCUGCUCAGUUUCUACUUCAUAUGAUCUGCAAACAGGUUUGUCGUGUGGAUUUAUACUCGUUUAGUUGUGAUGGAUCGCAGCAGAUCAGCUGACAGACCCGGCAGAGAGAAACAACAAGAGAAGAAGAAGAAAAGGAGACGAUCCUCCUCCUCUUCUUCCUCUUCCUCAUCGUCUUCUUCUCCAGCCAGCAGCAGGUCGUCAAAGAAAACAUCACACAAGAGUCAAGAUGUAAAAACACAAAGAAAGAAGCGCAGAAGAAGCUCCUCAUCUUCAUCAUCCACCUCUUCUUCCUCUUCUCCCUCCUCCUCGUGUUCAUCACCGUCCAGUGAAGAAAAGACAAAGAAGAAGAAGAAGAAAAGUAAAGCCAAGAAAAAGAAGUCGAAGAAGGAAAAGGAGAAGUUGAAGAAACAGAAGAAGAAGGAGAAAAAGAAGAAAGAGAAGAAGUUGAAGAAGCUGAAGAAGAAGGAGAUGGAGAAGAAGAAAGCAGAGACUGUGGUGGUGUUGCUGCCUUGUCCUCCUCCUCCUCCAGUAGCAGAGCCUCCAUCCUACCUGGAGGUGUGGCAGAGUGAUGAGGGAGCAGUGGAGCUGGGACCUGUGAUGACGGAUGAGCAGAAAGCCCGACUCGCCACUAAGAGGCCCAUCACCAAAGAGGAGUACGAGGCCAGACAGAGUGUGAUCCGCAGGGUGGUGGACCCGGAAACAGGACGCACCAGAUUGGUGAGAGGAGAAGGAGAGAUCAUAGAGGAGAUGGUCAGCCGAGAAAAACACAAAGACAUCAACAAGCAAGCCACCAAGGGAGACGGGAAUGCCUUCCAGAGGAAACUGGGAGUCAACAGGUAGAGGAUGUCGUGAUCUACUUCAGGAGCGCCGCCUCAAUAAGCUGAAUCUUCUAUCAUCAUUUCAGACAGUUGCCUGUGAUUUCCCUGUAAAGGUACAAGAGAUGUGUACUCUUGAUGUACACUAGUGAGUUUAAUCCAGGUAUUAAAGCCAGUAUCUCCUAUUGAUUUGCCUUAUUAAAUCUAUGCUGGAGUUGGUGAGCGACUUUAAUGUUUUGAGUUUACUGAGAUCUGCAAAAUGAACAAGGAAGAUUUCCCAAAUAGUUUGCACAUCCGCUGCUUAAUGCUUAUUUAUUUUGUCUGUUUUAAAGCAUUUCAGUGAGUACAUUUAAGAUUAAAUCUUGAAUUGACUGCGAGUAAGGUUGUCAGUUUUCUGUACCUGUUACUCAGAUGAUGUGUGACUGCAAACAGAUGUUUUCUUCAUUUUGAAAUCAACCGGUUCAUAUUGUACUUAAAAUCUAAGACAUUAAGAAGCUGGCUAUUCUUUUAACUACAUACUCUACACACACUCAUAGAUGUCUACUCACAUUUUAAUUCUCUGUUCUGUAUUUGUGUGAACUGAUUUCAGAAAAAUAAACGUUUUUUUUUGUUAACUGCAA